AUGGCUCUUUCUUCAACAAAACCAAACCACACUCUCACCACAUUCAUAUUCAUUUUUUUAACAUUUCUGUUGCGCAGUCCAAUAUUACUGUGUGGUAGUGUUCCAACAAAAACAGCAGCUGGAUUUGAGUUUCUUAAGGUUGCUCCAUCUGAAUUUGUUGGGUCAGUGAAUGAUGUAGUGGAUAUUUUGCAACAAGUUACAAGUAUUCUUUCGCAAUUUGGUGGUGCUGGCUUUGGUGAUUCACGUUUAUCUAAUGCUGUUUCUGAUUGCCUUGAUUUGCUUGACCUUUCAUCUGAUGCACUUACUUGGUCUGUAUCUGCUACUCAGACCCCCCAAGGUAAGCAUAAUAGUACUGGAAAUUUGAGCUCUGAUGUGAGAACAUGGCUUAGUGCUGCACUUGCAAAUCCAGAGACAUGCCAAAACGGUUUUGAAGGCACAAAUGGCAUUGUAAGCACUUUAGUCUCAACUGGUUUAGGCCAAAUGAUGUCACUACUUACAGAACUUCUCACGCAAGUGAACCCUAACUUCGAUAGCUUCGCAACAAAACAAGCACAAAAAGGUCAAUUUCCUGCAUGGUUCAAACGAGAAGAUAGAAAGCUCUUGAUGGCAAAUGGUGUUGGCGUGGACGUUGUCGUUGCUAAAGACGGUAGCGGGAAUUUUACGACGGUGAUGGAUGCGGUGCAUGCAGCUCCUGAUUAUAGCUUGAAACGGUUUGUGAUUUAUGUGAAGAGAGGUGUUUAUGUUGAAAAUGUUGAAAUAAAGAAGAAGAAGUGGAAUCUUAUGAUGGUUGGUGAUGGUAUGAAUGCCAGUGUUAUUUCGGGUAAUCGGAGCUUCGUCGACGGAUGGACCACAUUCAGAUCAGCUACCUUUGCUGUGAGUGGUAGAGGAUUUAUAGCAAGAGACAUCAGUUUUCAAAACACUGCAGGUCCUGAGAAGCACCAAGCAGUGGCGUUAAGAUCCGACUCGGACCUUUCUGUAUUUUACCGAUGCGGAAUUUUUGGUUACCAAGAUAGUCUCUAUACUCACACCAUGCGUCAAUUCUAUAGAGAAUGCAAAAUAAGCGGCACAGUCGAUUUCAUCUUUGGCGACGCCACGACAGUUUUUCAAAACUGUCAAAUACUAGUUAAGAAAGGGUUACCAAAUCAAAAGAACACUAUCACAGCUCAAGGACGAAAAGAUCCCAACGAACCAACCGGUUUCUCAAUCCAAUUCUGCAACAUCACCGCUGAUUCUGAUCUUCUUCCUUUAGUUAACUCCACCUGGACUUAUCUCGGACGGCCGUGGAAAGAAUAUUCGAGAACAGUUUUCAUGCAAUCUCAUAUAAGUAAUGUGUUACGGCCGGAAGGGUGGCUAGAGUGGAACGGUGAUUUCGCAUUGGAUACAUUAUACUAUGCGGAGUACAUGAAUUAUGGCCUCGGAGCCGGAUUAAACAAACGCGUUAAAUGGCCGGGAUAUCAUAUUAUAAAUGAUUCUAGUCAUGCUAAUAACUUCACUGUGACGCAAUUUCUUGAGGGUAAUCUAUGGUUGCCUACAACUGGUGUAUCAUUUACUGCUGGACUAGGAGUUUGA